AAGCCUUUUUGCAUCGUAGGGCUGCCCCCGAGCGAUUUGACCAUACACAAGAUGAUCCUCACGCAGUGCGCCGUCUGCGCCACCGAGCUUGGCUUGUCAUUGGGCAAGAAAUGCGGCCGCUGCAGCACGCGCUACUGCGGGGCAGCCUGCCAGGUGCAGCACUGGAAAGAGGGCGGCCACGACACGCUCUGCAAGAAGAUUAAAAGGGCUGGUGGCGCGGAGCAAUACAACGCAAAUACGAAGUACUCGGAGGCCGUAGCCGUCGCGGCGGAGGCGUGCGCCGACGACACGAGGGGCCAGACGUGCUACAUCUGCACGCAAGCCCUCCACUGGAAGACGAGAGAGGGCCUCGUGCGUAUGUGUGCGUGCCGCGGGACGGCGGGCUUUGCCCACGUGUCGUGCUUGGCGGAGCAGGCGAAGAUUUUGGUCGCGGAGGCCAAGGAGAACAAUUUGCGCGCCAAGGACAAGAAUGAGAGGUGGGCGCGGUGGCACACGUGUGGUCUGUGCGAGCAACAAUACCAUAGCGUCGUGGCGUGCGCGCUCGGGUGGGCGUGCUGGAAGACGUACUUGGGCCGGCCGGAGGGGGAUUCGUAUCGGCAGAGUGCGAUGCAGCAGCUUGGGAGCGGUUUAUCCGCUGCUGGUCAUCACGAGGAAGCGUUGUCCGUGCGAGAGGCCGAGUUGGCUAUGUUACGGCGCCUUGGCGCACCAGAACACCACAUUCUCUGCACGCAGAGCAAUCUGGCGAACACGUAUGCUGCGGUUGGACGAGAUGAAGAGGCCCUGCCGAUGAGGCGAGAGGUAUACUCCGGACGUUUGAACCUCAACGGCGAGGAACAUGGAGAGACCCUCUCAGCAGCCAACAACUACGCGUUCUCCCUUCUUGAUCUACAACGGUUCGAAGAAGCCAGGUCACUGUUGCGCAAAAUGAUUCCCGUGGCGCGGCGCACUCUCGGCGAGAGUAAGCGUCUCACGCUCCUGUUGCGGUGGAACUACGCGAAGACGCUCUGCCUCGACACCGGCGCUACGUUCGACGAUAUCCGCGAGGCAGUGACGACGCUCGAGGAGACGGAACGGACCGCGCGGCGCGUCCUCGGUGGCGCUCACCCGCUUACAGUGGACAUUGAGGGCAACCUCCGAAACGCGCGAAUCAUGCUCCGCGCCCGCGAAGGCGACGUCGAGCCCCUCCGUGCGGCCGUCGAGGCGAUGGCACCGGGGGAUGCGCAA